AUGGACGGCAAAAGCUUUGACAAAGCUGAAUCACGCCACCGCGUUCCAUCCGCACUCGCCAUCCCGCUUUCAGCUACUAGCAGGUUCCCCUCCGUCGUCAACAGCAUAAACUUUGACGAAAUUAGACCACGCCACAGCGUUCCAGUUGUCGAGGUCGCGUUUAAGUGCGCUAAAGCCUGUGCGGGAGUUCAGACGAGCUUUAUGACUUUCAAUUAG